GAAUUAUGGUGUUAAUACUGAAUAACUGCUGUUUAUUUUUCUUUUCGGACCAAAGCCGAAUUUAAUUAUGGCCGCUUACAGUUUGGACACGGUGUUUGCUUGCGAGGAACUGAUGAAAAUGGAUGAUGAUGACCUACAGACCUCUCGCUGUGAUACAAGAUGGUCACAGCAACUGUCAGGCCUCCCUCAGAAGCUUCUGCAGGGCCUGAUGCCAUUCCAAAGAAAGGGUGUGAAAUUUGCUUUAUCAAAGAAUGGACGAUGUAUGAUUGCUGAUGAGAUGGGUCUUGGGAAGACGGUGCAGGCCAUUGCGGUGGCGUGCGCAUUCAGGCAGGAGUGGCCUUUCUUGAUUGUCGCCCCAGCCUCCAUGAAAUAUCACUGGAUCGAAGAGCUGGAGAGGUGGAUCCCCGAGCUGCAGCCUGGAGACAUCAACCUGGUGAAGAAUAAGCGCCACACCAUGGGUUUCAGCAGCAGUAAGGUAACAGUGUUGAGUUAUGGGCUGCUCACCUCAAACGCCACACUGCUGGUGGAUGCUCUGACCAGGCAGAAGUUCGCUGUGGUUGUGGUGGACGAGUCACACUACCUCAAGUGCAGGAAAGCGAUGCGGACCAAGAUUAUGGUUCCUCUCAUUCGGAGCGCCAAGCGAGCCAUCCUGCUCACGGGCACCCCAGCCCUGGGUCGCCCUGAAGAGCUGUUCACACAGAUUGAUGCCCUCUAUCCAAAGAGGUUUGGAACCUGGACUGAAUUCGCCGUGAAAUUCUGCAAUGCCCAUUACAGGUACUUUGGGUGUCAUAGGGUCUGGGAUUGUCGUGGUGCGUCCAACCUGACGGAGCUGCACCAGCAGCUGAGCCAGAUCAUGAUCCGUCGUCUCAAGGCCAAUGUGCUCAGUCAGCUGCCCCCCAAAAUCCGCCAGCGUAUCGCCUUCGACCUGCCCAAGAAGGCUGCAAAGAAGGCCUCAGCCAGCUUAGCCAAAUGGGAGCGUCUGAUGAAGGGACGGGGGUCAAACAGGCCCACUGAGGUCUUGGAGCUGGUCGCACAGAUGUACCAGGAAACAGCUAUAGCCAAGGUGGGAGCUGUGAAGGACUACAUUAAGGCGAUGCUGGAGGCAGAGCAGCUGAAGUUCCUGGUGUUCGCCCACCACCACACCAUGCUGCAGGCCUGCACCGAGGCCGUCAUCGAGGCCAAGGCCAGUUAUAUCCGUAUCGACGGAAAGGUCCCGCCCUCCGAAAGAAUCCAGCUGGUGCAUAAGUUUCAGAGUGACCCGAAAAUCCGAGUGGCCGUUCUCAGCAUUCAGGCUGCUGGUCAGGGUUUGACCUUCACCGCUGCCAGCCAUGUGGUCUUUGCCGAGCUCUACUGGAACCCCGGUCAUAUCAAGCAGGCGGAAGAUAGAGCCCACCGCAUCGGGCAAACUUCCUCCAUUAACGUGCACUACCUCAUUGCCAAUGGCACCUUUGAUGCUGUCAUGUGGUCCAUGAUCAACAAGAAGGUAAGAGUGACCAACAGCACUCUGGAUGGGAAGAAGGAAUACCUGAAGGCAGACGAGGACGACGAGGACAAGUGGAUGUUCCUCAACUUUGCCAGCGCGUGGACACCAAGUGAGAUGGUGGUGCCACCGGACGGCAACACAUAAAACUAACUUGAGCUUGAAUCUUUUUUUCUUUUCUUUUCUUUUUCCUUCUUCUCCCCGCGCUCCGGCAACAAGAAGAAGAAGAAGAGGAAGAGAACAGAAGAUGAAGGAACAGAUCCCCCCAUCUCCUCAGAGCUGACUGCUGCUCCAGCUGGCAGUGGAACAAAAAGAGAGAAGAGGAGAGAAAAGUCCUGCACCCAAACCUCCACCUCACCCGGCCAGGACAUCUCCCCCCAGCUGAAGUGGCUGCGGGGAAGGUCAGGGGCUGGGAGGACCGGCUCUGGCUCUCAGGUCACCUCCAUGGUCCCACGGAAGUCAAAACUCAUUCAUUGGACUUCUGCUGCCAUGUCAGAGCGACCCAGGCCUCAGCAAACCCCCUCAACAUCGAGAGACCUGGUGUGCAUCGCCAUCUCCAGUUCCGACAGCAGGGAGCCAGAGCUUAGCCUGGGAAAAGCCCAGCCUCUGAAACCGCGCAAAGGCAAACAGAUCGACGGAGAGGAGAAGAAGAAGGGGGACAAGCGGCAGCUCAAAGGCAAACAGAUCGACGGAGAGGAGAAGAAGAAGGGGGACAAGCGGCAGCUCAAAGGCAAACAGAAUCAGCGAGAGCGAGUUGACAACGUCGCUGGCCACGGCACCUGCCUCCCCCCUGACCACACACAGGACUGCAGAGCUGCGGUGUCUUCUGCUGCUGAUGCUAAUGACGGUGAUGAGAACAAUAAUGAAGAUGACGCCAGCACCACCCAUCCUGUCUACCCAGGCCUGCAGCAGGAUGGUACUCCGCUGAACUUGAGCUUCAUCCCUCUGGACAUCAAACUAAGCAGCUGGGACGACCUGCCCCAGGCCUUCAGCCGGCACCAGGAAAAUCGAACACAGGUGCUGAGGUUCGUACAGGAGUGGAGCAGCCUGGCAGCCAUGAAGAAGAAACUGCUCCGACGCAGCGGCCUCCUCUUCCACAGCCCCGCUCUCGGCUUGCAACAGCUGGCCACCGCCCAGCACCCUCACUUGAGCACCAAGAGGUACCUCAGUAGAGACGAUGUAGCCAAGGCCUCCCUGAGAAAGGCACAGCAGGAGGGGGGCAGCGUCCGACUGGUCACCAAAGAAAACUUUUUCACCAAAAGCAGUUCGGCCUCUGCACAAACACCACCUUCUUCAGAGAGGCAAGAUGAGGAGUCCUGCCAGGCAGUGGAGGAGCAGCCGUCAACACAGUCCGGUUACCUGCAGGCUGUGGACAGUGAGGGUGUCCCUCUGUGUCUGUCCUGCCAGAAGGCCUGCCUUACCACCGGUGGGACCUGGGACACUCAAUUCUGCAGCCACAGGUGCCAGGAGGACUUCCAGUUGCGCUCCAGCCAAUCGUACAUGCGCUCAAAGGUGCUGGAAGUGGAGCGGGGCAUCUGUCAGACCUGCGGCCUCCACGCCCAUGACCUGUUCCUGAAGGUCUGCGGUGCUCAGCCCUCCCAGCGCAAGCAGAUGCUGGAGAACACUUGUCUCGCUCAGCUGUCACUCAAAGAGCUGAACGAAAUGAUCCGCGCUCCGGUCGAAGGGGACUUCUGGCAGGUCGACCACAUCCGGCCGGUCUACAGCGGAGGAGGACAGUGCUCUCUGGACAACCUGCAGACGCUCUGUACCGUCUGCCACAGAGAGAGGACGGCUCAGCAAGCCAAAGAGCGCAGCAGGAUGAGGAAGCGCGUUUCAGCUUCCAAGGUUGCGUCAGACAUCACCAAGUUCUUCAUCAGGAAAUGAAGAUUUUCGAGCAGUAGGCGUCUCCUAUUCAGCUUGAGAGGCUGCUGAAAAUAAAUCAUCACCCUCCCACCAGUACGCAAGAAUGUCCAGAUGGUUGAAUUUUCACUGACGUCUUCCUGCUGAAUUUCCCCAUUGUCUUCCACGCUAAAAUUAGAAGGUAAUACUUGGUGAAAACGCUGCGUCUGCUCUGAGGGUGCUAGUUAAUUAUCAGGAACUGGAUUUAUGUUCCACUCACAAAUGAGCCGUCGAGGCUGUAUUGUGUGAGAGAGUCCAAAGCUAAACCAUGAAAGCCCCUUGAGGUUUGUUGAAGGGACCAAAUGGCAGGUUUCACUGUCAAAUACAGACUUUCCUGCUCGUCUCUUUAGGAAGAAGAAGAAAAAAACAAAAAAAAAACAACACCCUUAAGGUUUUUCAGCAACUGAGCUGCCAAGCUGAAUAUUCUGCUCGUUCAGCAGCUCAACGUUCGUUUGCAAUCACGCCUUGUUUCUCCCAUUAACAUUACUAAUUCAGCAGCACAGCAACCGAGCUACUAAUCACUUCAGUUCUCCAUUACAGCUCCUCUAUUUAUUGGUGAUAAUGCUGUCAGUUAAUGCAAUCCUUCCUGUCAUUAGUUUAUCACAAUCGAUUAAUCAAUCGACUGCGUGUCAGCGGACGGACGACAGGACACCAUCAUGUUUUCCAUUUUGAUGAGAAUUUCCUGUGGCAGCGUUUGACAAAUUCAAUAGAAAUAAAUCCAGUGUUACCAUCAGCAUGAUUGGGCAGUUCUUCAUUUUUUUGCAUGCUGUAUGUGUUUUCAAGGCCAAAAUUAGGGGCUUUAUUUUUUAUUGUUUUGCACUCAACAGUAGAACUUGAGUCAAGAUGAUCCCAAGUGGUUCAUGUCAGUUUUAUAAUGAGAUUUGACAGAGGUGAGGACCCUGCACAGGACUAUUUGUCAUAUCAUUUCAUACCGAAUGAAAAUGGUCAGAGUAGUUUCUUACUUGAAGGUCCACUUUUCUCCGGGAGCUUUCAAUUGCAUUUGCAAAUUCUGCAGUCUGAGCAAACUCCAUCUGCUGUGAGGAAGACUGAGAUGUAGCUGAAAGCUCCAGCAGAGCCAAGUGAGUUUCUUUGGCCCAACCGCUCAUCCAAAGGUGAAAAUCAGUGGAUUUUUUUGGGGCAGUUUUUGCUGAAAAACCAUCAUCAAAAACAGAAAAGAAAUUCACUUGUUCUAGUUUCUCAAAUGUGGAAAUAUUUUCUGGCUUUCUUCAGUGACUGUAGACUUAAUAUCUUAGGAUUGUUCCACACGUUCUUUACAUUUUAUCCACUAAACAGUGAAUCAAGCAGAUAUGAAUAAUGAUAAAGAAAAUAGUUGUUAGCUGCAGACCUAAAACUUUUAACCACGUCGUGAAAGAAAACUUUUAAAAGUCAUAACACAUAGUAUUUCAAAUGUUUUUCUCUUUGUUCAACAUGCCUUUACAGAAGUGAUUGCCUUCCCCAACCUAAUGUAUUCAGAGCAGACACUUAGGAACACAACACCUCUGUGUAAAAAUCACUUUUACACCUUUAUUUGGGCUCCCAAUACACAUCAAUACAGUCUGCUUUAGAUCUCAUGAUACACUGAAUGGAGGAAGGUUUGGACUGAUGCAAUAAACCAACAGUUUUAAAUCUGAACUACAGUCCUAUGUACACAAUUGUAUUUUUGAGAUCUU